GCGGUGAGGUCCUACCUGCAGGAAAAGCGUUGCCAGACCGGUCUCUGGCGAUAAGCGCGGCCGCGACCGUCCGUCCCUUCCCCGGGAAAACCCUCGGGGAGGAGUGGAAGUUUCCGCCGUUUCGCGCGCGCGCGCGUCGGUGCGGCGAAGGACGAGAAAGACGAGCGGAGUAACUCAGAAGCCAUGCUACGAACGGGACGACGAGUGGCGGCCCGGGCCGAGGAACACCUGCGCAAGUUGGAAGCGGGCGACGUUCAGUUCGACGCCCGUCGGGCCCGCGACGUGUACCUGAACGCCGUCCGGGCCGAGAGGGUGCCGGAGGGCGACCGGCGGGAGCAACACUACCGGGAGGCGCGAGUGGACCUGGAGGCGGUGACGCGGAGUGGAGUGCCGCGGCCCUUCUCCUUCGGGGCCACGGCCCAACCCGACGUGUCGGGCGGAGGCGUUGGUCGCCUGUGCAAGUAUCUGUCCGACCGCCGCCAGCGCACCCACCAGAGCAACCAGGGCGCCGCAGGUGGAAAACUCGUCGGACGGGCGUCGUCUUCCGCAUCCAACUUUAUCCACAACAAACCUCCGCAGCCAUAAUUCGUCGUCUUCUCUUUCCCUUUCGUAUAACGGGAAAGGACGGUGACGGAAAACAGUACGAGGCCUCAAAGGCCUUUUUACCGCCAAAAAGAAGUGGUUUCCGUAAGAAUUAGUCGGAUUUUAACAGAAACAAUUUUAUCUUUAAUGGAUUUGUGCGGAAAUCCAGAUCCUUAAGACACUUGGCCGUAUAAAAAAUCCGAACACCGCUCGUCCUACUUUGGCGGCCGUUAAGAGAGAUUUUACGUAACAAGUAACUUUUAUAUUAAUAGUAAUAAAGGAAAUUGCCUGGCUCGCUCCGUCACGUUUUCUUAUAAAAAGUUAUUAUCGUUAUAAAGUGGC